CUUCGUGUUCUGUGGCCAUCGGCACGCGGCACAGGACACAUUCACACAGGGAAGCCUGACGGUGCGUCUCAAUGCCUCCAGCUCAGGGCCUUAAGAAGCCUUGCGCGGAAGCAUGCUUCCGUCGUGCAGCCCAAGUGUGCUCAGUGGAAGUGUUUCGAGGCCAUGAAACGGUUCUUCAAACGACAAGCUGGUCGCCGCACAGAGGCGGAAGGUCAACCUUUGGAGGAACCUACGCGUGCCGAUGUGAGUGGUCCCGUUGAUCGCGGAGCGCAAAUGACACACGUCACUCCACACUCGAAUCUCACACCGAGCAAUGAAUCGAAGACAGAAGGGGAGAAAGUCUCAAUACCGAGCCAGGGAAGCACCAUAAACGAAGGUGGCAAAGCGGCGUUUACGGGAGCUGUUGGCUCUGCGGAGGCUGCUGUCGCUCUCCAAGAAGCCAACAAGGAUGUCGACGACGGUCUCAGCCGGGAGCGCAACAAUCGCAUCUUCGCCCUCGUUAUCGCCAUAGACGAAUACAAGAGCGGCGAAAUCAUUAACCUCCACGGCUGUAUCCACGACGGCGAUGACUUCACAAAAUUCCUCACGGAAACGUUACACGUCCCCGAGUCCCGGAUUGUCCGGCUCAUUAACGUGGAAGCAACGCGGGCGAGAAUUCUCGACAAAUUUGACAAAGACCUCAUCAACAAUCCUCUGAUCCACCGCGGCGAUCCGAUUGUCAUUUUCUACGCAGGCCAUGGUGACCGGAGGUCAGCACCCCUCACAUGGGCCGCAGAGAAUAACAUGAUCGAGACGAUCUGUCCGCAUGACGAGAGGAUGCCGGAUGAGAAAGGGGAGAUCGUCAAUGGGAUCCCAGACCGGACGUUCGACGGCCUCAUGCGGCACCUGGCCAACGAGAAAGGCGACAACAUCAUUGCUGUCUUCGAUUGCUGCCACUCCGGUGGCGUGAUGCGCGGAAUGACCGGGACGCCUCGCGGGCUGAGUCCGGAGCUUCAACGGGCACCAAUCCCAGAAGAUCUCGAUCAGAAUAUCUGGACGUGGCGUCCCGACGGGACAGUCCGCGACGCGAAUAUGGCCGUACCCACGGGUUUCUCCUACCCAGCGAUGCGCUCGCAUGUUCUCCUUGCCGCCUGCCGUCAGGAUGAGAAGGCGCAGGAGAAUCGUGUCAGCGUGGAUGGCAACACGCGGGGACUGUUCACGCUCCACUUGCUCAAGUUCCUGCGUAGGGCGUACGAGCAGGCGGAGCCCCUCCGCCAGCUUACGUAUGCGCGCCUGCUGGACCACCUGCUGAGUCCCGGGGCCAUCGAACUAUGCGGACACCCCUUGGAUGGGCAACACCCUCUGUGCGAGGGGAAGAACAGAGAUCGGUUGCUCUUCAGCACGUCCGAAUUAUCGGGAGAGGAGAGUUCGUUCGCCGUGCGCUACGAGAACGAGAGACUAUACGUCGCCGCAGGGCGCAUUCAUGGCGUCGUGAAGGGUACGCAAUUCAACGUGCAAGCUCCGAAAGGAGUGGCCGGGAUCUCGCCCGAUGGCGUCGUGCUCACUGCAGAUGACGUCCGGGAAUUGGAGUGCAUCGUGCAGCCAAGUAUGCCAAACCUACCCGCGGAUGCGAGGGCAGUGGUAGUCGCCUGGAACUCCAUGCCGAUGAAAGUUCGGACGUCUGUCUCUGUCUCACAUCAGGGUCUGCUCAACUACACAAUGGUGCAGCCGAAGGAGUAUUACGACCUCUCACUCGAGACGGACGGCGACUGUUGGAUCAUCGAUCAAUUCGACCCGUUGACGUUCCGAUACGCGGUACCGCACAAGGCCUUCAAGUCUGCGGACAUCGCUGUUCAGCCGAACGAAAUCCUCGAGAUCGUGGCUCGCUGGAACUUCCACUUGUAUCGCUUCAACCAGCCCGCCGACCAAUACACUCCUGACAGCGUGGAACGCCUUCGGCCGAAGGUAGAGUUGCAUCGUCUUGAGGCGAAACCCGAGGCGAGACAGUUGCGGCCUCUCUUACAGAAGAUUGGUGAAGACUUGUUUGAACGCGCGAGCGCGGAUGAAGUUUGGUGUUAUCCGUUAUCCACAUACAAGGUACCGGGAACGGUGAAGGAAGCGCGUAUCCACGACAUCGCACCAUACUAUGGCCUGACACUGCUCAACGACUCCGAUCACGACCUCUUUCCUUACGUGUUCUACUUCGAUCCCUCCAAUUAUGCUAUACAGCACUGGUAUCUGCCACCUGGUAACAAAGUCAAAGCUCCACUGCCCCGACGAAACGGGGACGGCGAACCUGGUCGACUAACAAUCGGCUACGGUGCGGGAGGAACUGACAGUAUCCGAUUCUCACUCCCAGUCAAUGUCAAGAAGGACACUGGCUUCCUCAAGAUCUUCGUCUCAACUUCGUAUGUCGACAUGCGGAGCAUCGAGCAGAAUAGUCUGGUGAAGCGGAAAGACCGAGGGGCAGACAAGGUAGAGUUGCCGUUCAGUGACACAUGGGUUUCGUCGGUGUAUGUCUUGACUUGCUGCGAGCGUGAGCAACCAGCUCCUAGCGGACCUUAGUAGUGUCGUACCAGUGCCUUGGACUUGAGCUCAGGUGUAACCCAAAUAUGAUAUUGCUAUCGCGCGGGUUGUUUUGUUAGACCGAG